AUGAAGAAGAGCCUGUCUCGUUACAACAACGUGAUUGCAUACGUUGCAGAAACAAAAGAGCCUGUCAAGACAGUGUCUGUUAAAACAGAAGCUGCUGUAACAGAAACUGCUGAAACAGAUGAGGGCUACUCGGAUGAAGAGGAGAUGCCUACCUAUGAAGACUUGCUACAAAACUUUAUCAACACAUGCAGUCAAAAUGUCAAGCUAAUAAAAGAGAAGAAGGAGCUAGGCGAUCAGAUUGAAGACUUGAAAAAUGAGCUUCAACAAAAAGAAGAAGAAGAGUUAAUUUCUAUACAUCGUGAUCUUGAAGAAACCAGAAAAGGAGUAAAGAUGUUGAACAGCCAAGCUUGA